UCGAGGCAUGCAAGAGGCAACGUGUGUGUGUGUGGGGUUGUCACGCAACACUGCGAUCAGCCAGAGUGCUCCGGAGCUUUCUUCUCCGUCGCUUCUGAUACAAAAGGAUUCAUUAAUAAACAAGAGUACUGCGUGAUUUAAACCAGCAGGAUUGUAACUAUUACAUAUGUGGGACUCUGGGACUAGGACACAGUUCAGAGCAUCAGUUGAGGACCAUGUGGUGGAUGAGAGACACGGUAACAGAGAGGACCCCAGUGAAACCACCGCUCUGCUACAGUCACAGCUGAAUCAUGGGGAAUGUGGAAAGUCAGAAUGGUGACAGCGGUUUCUACGGAAACGAGAAAGGUCACCUGUCCCGAAAGCACACGUCCCGAUCCCUCCGCCUCUCCACCAAGCAUCAGCAGCAGAAUCCCAGUCGACGCUCCCUACGACCCUCGGCAGGAAAGUCGGAACACCGGAAUUCCGAAGCCAGCACCCGCUCUUCCAGUACGCCCAGUAUCCCACAAUCCUUAGUGGAGAACGGCCUGGAACCUUUUAACCAGACAGACGAACUGGGGGAGUUUGGAAUCAACCCUCAUUGGACUGACCGCGUCGCCAUGACGAUGAGGCCUUCCGAGUCCUUCCCGCACGACGACGACGACGACCUCACCAGUGACCCCUCUUUAGCCACGCCCACUCCAGAAACCUCCGAGGUCGUUCUGGAACGCGAAGGAGCUGAGGAAGAAGGAGCGACGACGUACCCGGUAGAAGGGGACGACGCGGAGAGAGAGACGGACGGAGAGGUGCGGUACCUCCAGAGGGUGAACGAGGGACCGAGGGAAGAAGGAAGUUGUAAGAAGAAGAGGUCUAAAUCAGCGGACAUGUGGAGAGACGACAGUCAGGAGUUCUCUCUGUCAGAUCUCAGCCAGGACCACCUCACCUCCACUGAAGAGAUUAUAGAUGGAGGAGAGGAAGAGGAGGGUGAAGAGGAAGAGGAGGAAGAGAGAGCCAGUUCCAGAGGAACAGCAGGUUCUGCAGAGAGAGCCUCAUCACUAGACCACCUGUGUAGCGAGCGCAGCCAGACGGUUCUGCGAGGAACACAUAACCGCUACGCCAAGAACCACCGGGACGGGGAACUCACCGCCCACAGAGGAAGGGAUGGAGAGGGGGAUGAAGGGCUGAUCUCGCCCCAGGAGGAGGAGGGAAGCGGGUACGGGGCCUUUACGCUGCCCUGUCGGAGGUCCCACUGUCUGUCUGAAGGUCUGUCAGGACACCAGGUGGUACCGUGUCCGACUUUCCAGGGUCGAAGGGCACAGACGACACAGGACAUAUCGGGCGUGCUGGGAGAGGGCAGUGAGUACGGCGAUAGCGGCAUCGACGGGGUUGCCACGGAGACGGACGGGGAAGUGGGGCCGGGGUCACGGCGGCGCUGUAAGGCCAUGUCGGCCUCGUUCUCCGUCUACUCUGCUGCCGGGAGCAGCGCGUUUAACGGGAGUGACAGCGGGAGCAGCAGUGGAGGAGGAGAGGGAGGAGGAGGAAGAGGAGGAGAGGGAGGAGGAGGAAGAGGAGGAGAGGGAGGAGGAAGAGGAGGAGGAGGAGGUGGAAGAAAAGGAGGAUGGGGAAUGUAUGAGAACUUGCAUCAGGACUUUGAGAAUCAACACUGGACUCGUCGAGAGCGUGACUGCACGGAGGAGGCGGGCUCAGCUGAGAGUGACGAGCGUAGCAGCGGCACGCUAAGCACGGCUUACCCAUCAGACGCUCUCAUUGGCUGCUGUGCGCAGGGCACGGUGAGGAAGGCGGGAGCUCUGGCAGUGAAAAACUUCCUGGUUCACAAGAAGAACAAGAAGGUGGAGCCAGCCACCAAGAGGAAGUGGAAACAUUACUGGGUUUGUCUCAAAGGAUGCACUCUGUUCCUGUACGAGACUGACGGGCGGUCGGGGAUUGACCAUCAUAGUGUUCCUAAACACGCUGUGUGGGCUGAGUACAGUAUCCUUCAGGCCGUACCAGAACACCCCAAGAAGGACUUUGUCUUCUGCCUCAGCAACUCUCUAGGGGAUGCAUUUCUCUUCCAGACGUCGGGCCAGACGGAACUGGAGAAUUGGAUCACGGCGAUCCACUCAGCGUGCGCGGCUGCCGUUGCUAGGCAACAUCACCGGGAGGAUACGGUGCGAUUGCUAAGGACAGAGAUCAGGAAACUGGAGCAGAAGAUAGACAUGGACGAGAAGAUGAAGAAGAUGGGAGAUAUGCAGCUGUCUGCAGUGACAGAUAACAAGAAGAGAAAGACUAUUCUGGAACAGAUCUUCUUGUGGGAGCAGAAUCUAGAGCAGUUCCACCUGGACAUGUUCAGGUGUCGUUGUUACCUGGCCAGUCUGCAGGGAGGGGAGCUGCCCAACCCUAAACGCCUGCUAGCCGUGGCCUCCAGAGCCACCAAACAGGCCAUGGGACGCCUGGGAAUCUUCUCGGUGUCUUCCUUUCAUGCGCUUGUGGCGGUGCGAACAGAGAGCGCGGUGAGGAAGCGGUCCCAGGCUAUGCCCCGCCCCUCUAGUAAACGUCGGAGUCGCUUCUCUUCCCUCUGGGGGCUGGACACCACAUCUAAGAAGAAGGUUAAAGGUCGACCCAGCAUCAACCAGGUGUUUGUUGCUGGGGGGGAACCAGUGAUCAAACCAACGGAGAGAAUGUUUGAAGAUACGGCCAGUGAGAAAUCGAAGGAGGAGGGUUCAUUGAAAAUGAUUCCCCAGGACAGCGUGGACAGUGAGAUUUGGGUUCCUGACUACCUGGCCCCAUCCUGGGUGUGUCUACCUAACGACCAGCCUGUGCUUGUCGUCAUUCAACCAGGGGAGACUGCAGAAGAUACGCUGGACGCUGUCUGCAAGGCCCAUAAACUGGACCCGUCUAACUUCUACCUGCGUCUGAAGGUGUGUGUAGAGGAUCAGCUGCUGCUAUAUGUUCCCAAAAUGGAAGAAGACAUCUCUGAUCUGCUCUACAAAGAGAUAGAAAUAUGUCCCAAAACCACCAAGCUGAUCCGCUUCGACAAAGCUGAGUCCUGCACGUUGGGAUACGGUUUCUCCAUAGCAGUAGUGGACGAGGAGGGGACUCAGCAGCUCCAUAUCACUGAAGUAAAUGCAGGAGGACUGGCUUCUGCUAAAGGCCUGCAUGCGGGUGAUGAGAUCCUGUUGUUAAAUGGUAAACCAGCAUCGGCUCUGGGCGUGGUGGAUAUGAGGUCAGCGUUAGUCGGCCCCUCGUUGUCCCUGAGCGUGAGCACCCUGCCGACCCUUGACCUACGCGACCUCUGCCCUUUUCCCCCUCGACGCUCCAACACAGCAGAAUACGACACUUGUACAGACAUCUAUUCCCAGAGCCAAGAGGACAUUCUGGAUGAGGUAUCAGGGUUGACGGUGGUCAGUCCAGAUGAUACUUUAGAGGAUGAGUCAGUUCUGGAUCUGGAGAAUUCAGGACACAACCAGGCGGACUACACUGAGCCAGGACAGAAGAGUACUGAGCAGGUGACUGCAUACUGCCGGAGUCUCCAUGAGAUGAAUCCUUCCCAUGCUUCCCCUCAGUCUUCCUCGUCCUGCUCUUCCUCCCUCUCUCCCAGCCAAGUGAUGCCAGUGGCGGCGGGCAUUGCCAUCCAGCGACAGCUGUCACACGCCGACAAACUACGUAAAGUCAUCAGUGAACUGGUGGAGACUGAGAGGACCUACGUCAAGGACCUGGGCUGUCUGAUAGAGCGUUACCUAACUCCUCUGCAAAAGGAAAGAUUCCUCACCCAGGAUGAGCUCGAUGUCCUGUUCGGUAACCUCGGAGAGAUGCUGCAGUUCCAGGUUGAGUUCCUGAAGACUCUAGAAGAUGGGACCAGACUGGUAGCCAACCUGGACAAGCUGGAGAGGGUAGAACAGUUUAAGAAAGUGCUGUUCUCUCUGGGUGGAUCGUUCCUGUACUACGCCGACCGCUUUAAGAUCUACAGCGCUUUCUGUGCCAGCCACACCAAGGUGCCCAAGGUCCUGGCCAAAGCUAAGACAGAUGCAGACUUCAAGGCGUUCCUGGCAGAGAGGAACCCGAAACAGCAACACUCUUCAACCCUGGAGUCCUACCUGAUCAAACCCAUCCAGAGGAUCCUGAAGUACCCACUACUACUGAGAGAGCUGUACUCACUGACGGACCCUGAUAGUGAAGAACACUAUCACCUGAAUGUUGCGAUGAAGGCCAUGAACAAGGUGGCCAGUCACAUCAAUGAGAUGCAGAAACUUCAUGAGGAAUAUGGAGCCGUGUUUGACCAGCUCAUCAACGAGACGACCGUCGACCGGAAGGAGGUAUCCGAUCUAUCCAUGGGAGAUCUUCUCCUCCACUCCACCCUGGUGUGGAUCAAUCCUCCAGCCUCCCUGGUCAAGGGCAAAAAGGACCCUGAGCUGGCUACCUUCGUGUUCAAGACUGCGGUGGUCUUUGUGUACAGAGAUCGCUCCAAGCAGAGGAAGAAGCUCGGCGCGUCUCAUCGUCCUGCUGUGUCAGAUGACAGAGUCCCGUUCCUUUUCCGUCACAUGAUCUCAACAGACUCCCUACAAGUCCGCGCCCUCACAAACUCCGAGGGUACAGCGGUGUGUGAGAUAGUUCACGUGAGGUCAGAGUCUGAGGGGAGACCAGAGAGAACCUUUCACCUGUGCUGCAGUUCUGUGGACAGUAAGAAGGACUUCCUGAAGACAGUCCACUCCAUCCUGAGAGAUAAACAACGACGUCAGCUGAUGAAGACUGAGUCUCUACCUCCCAACCAGCAGUAUGUCCCCUUCGGAGGAAAACGCCUCUGUAACCUCAAGGGAAACAGACCGGCCAUGAACAGAGCAGUCUCAGCCCCGUCUCGGACCCUUGGUCGCAGGAAGCUGGUUAGGAACCGAUUCACCAUUGACACCGACCUCGUUCUCCAUGACAACCACGAAGACUCUAACCCCACCCACUCUACCCAUGACCAUUCCCACCAGCAUCCACAUUCCCAUCAGCAUCCACAUUCCCACCAGCAUCCACAUUCCCACCAGCAUCCACAUUCCCACCAGCAUCCACAUUCCCACCAGCAUCCACAUUCCCACCAGCCUCCACAUUCUCAUAACCCCCUGCUUCCUACCCAGAUGCCUCAGCAGCAAACGCUGUUGGCGACUGGAGGCGACACGGACCGCUGGGUGGAAGAACAGUUCGACCUGGGUUGCUACGACGACCAGGGAGGAGUGACGGGGGAGAGGAGGAUGGAGGGAGGGAUAGAGGGAAGGAUGGAGGUGAAAGAGACGGACAUUCUGAGCGACGACGACGAGUACUGCAAGUCAGUCAGGGCUUCAUCAACCGAACCCAGCCUCCUGGAAGAGAGGAUGGAGGGAGUGACUCUAGAAGAAAGGAGCCAAGACCAGGACAGAGGGGUAGACGAGGAGGAGGAGGAGGGAAAGAAAGAGGUAGAGGAAGAGAGGAGGAGCUCCCAGGGCAUUCUCCAAGAGGACGAGAGGGGUGAAAGGGGAGUGUCACAAGUAGACUCUGUCUCCCAAGCCCCUCCCCCCUCACGGUCCCCCGCCCCCCCGGUGAAGCUUACCCCGCUCAGGAAGCAAUGGGCUGCAGAGGGAGUGGCCGGGAAGCAGUGUUCCGUGGAGGGAGUGGCCAAGAGGGACCACUGUGAUGUCAUCUGGGUGCGACGCGAAGACUACGCCAACGGAGGGAACAACGACGUCUUCUGAGGA